GUUACACUGGGAACUGAUAGAUCAGUUGAAGAGAAACAAGGAAAAGGAUAGAGCUUACCAUAAACAAAUGGCUACAAUUUCAGUCUCACCAUUCUCACCUCUCCACCCAAUCCCUACCCUCACUCAUUCCCAUUCCCAUUCCCAUUCCCUCUCCAUUCCCAUUCCUUCUCCCACCGUUUCGUUUCGAAACGUUUCCGGGUCCUUCAAGCUUUUGAGCUCUCUCAGGAACACCACCUCCCGCAGACCCACAAUUCUGAGGUCAGCCCAGGAAGAAACGCCUGUUCCGGCCGAAGAACCAGUCCCGGAAGAAGAAGAAGGUAGUGCCGAGCAGCCCGUUUCGGUACCCGUUUCGCCCUCCGACACUCUCACCAUGUUUUUUCAGGCUGAUGGUACAUUGAGUGAUGCUGCUGUGCCUGCAGUGACCAAAGCAUUAGAGGCAACUGAAGGGAUUACCAACUUGAAGGUUGAAGUUCAUGAGGGUAUUGGAGUUGUUGAGUUGAAAAAGCAGACAACAGUACAAGCUACUGGGGUGGCUUCCAGUUUGGUUGAGGCUAUACAGAGUUCAGGGUUUAAGCUACAAACGUUGAAUUUGAGUUUCGAGGAAGAAGAGGAAAUUGCUGUAUAGAACUUGUAUGCUUGUCUACUAGUAUAUACACAUUUCAACCGAGAUUAGAAUGAAAAAUGUAUCAUUGAAGCUCUGUUGCCAUCGAGUCAUUGUUUGUAGUUAGUGAGGGGCAAAGUUUUCUAAUAGUGUGAUAGGCUGCCAUUUCCAAUUCUUGGUGAAGUUGUGUCUGAGACAAAGUGGAUGAACAAUAUCACUCCUUGAACUUGAGAUAUACAGUAUGUGAUGGUAUUUCCUUUUCAAUU